AACCCUUUCCUACCUUAAUCGGCUUUCUUCUCCUGGUCGCGACCCACUUGCAGAUUAAUCACCUUGGGAUCAUUCAGUUCUUCACAGGGAAGGCAAGAAAGCACAAACUCAUCUUCAAUUUAACUUCAUUCUUAUGGAUGACUAACACUAAGCAAGCAGUGCUCGUUCUUCUCCAAUUUAGGGAUUAGCAAAUAUUUAGGAUUUAAUUUCAUGUGACUCAUCUAAGAUGAGGAUAUUCCUGUAUUCAGGAGCCCCUCAGCCUGCUAUUCUGAGGAUGAUAGCUGGAUGCAACGUGUCUAUGAAGCUUGAAGUUCUCUUCUGAGGUUGUUUGCUGGACCUGCUUGUUCUUCUUUGCAGCUUCAAUUUGCUCCGUUCCCUUUAUGUGAUUUAUAUGGUCAGAAAACUGUCUAAAAAAUGAUGGAUCACAUACCAUAUUUACAUCCUAUGAGGAAACAUCAGUGGUGACCAAGUCUCUGAGGAUAAACUUUCUUGGACUCAAUGGUAUAGAUGAAGUCUCCUGUGAAAGAGCAGCUUGCUUCCAGAAGCAACACAAGGAGAAGGUCUCUGGAUAGGGUAGAAUAUAGCAAGUAUCAUUCAGUGUUUGGUGCUACAGCAGGGCACUGUGGUGGUGGAACCAUGCUCAAUAACAUCUCCAACAACACAUCCCACUCGGCAGAGGAUCCUCAUUAUAAGUUUCUAGCCUUGGUCAUUGGCUUCAUACUGAUCGUGUGCAUCAUUUGUGGAAAUGUCCUCGUUUGUCUAAGUGUCUAUAAAGAGAAAGCCCUAAAAACCACCACCAAUUACUUCAUAGUAAGUCUGGCCGUGGCUGACCUGCUCCUGGCUGUGCUAGUGCUUCCCCUCUAUGUUUAUACUGAGUUCCUAGGAGGAGUUUGGACCCUCGGCUUUGUUGUCUGUGAUGUUCUCAUGACCAUGGACGUCAUGCUGUGUACAGCCUCCAUCUUCAACCUUUGUGCAAUCAGUGUAGACAGGUUCAUUGCAGUGUUCAUUCCGUUGAACUAUAACAGGCGCCAAAUGGACAAUCGGCAACUUUUCCUCAUCUCCACCACAUGGAUUUUUGCCUUUGCCGUGGCCUCUCCGGUCAUUUUUGGACUGAACAAUGUAGCAGACAGGGAUCCCGGCGUUUGCAAACUGGAAGAUGAUAACUACGUGGUCUACUCGUCUGUAUGUUCCUUCUUCAUACCAUGCCCAAUAAUGCUGGUACUUUAUUGUGCGAUGUUUUAUGGACUCCGCAAGUGGGAGGAGACCCGAAAGACCAAGUUACGAAGUCACAUGUCCCCCGGACAAAAGCCACCGCAGUGCCCGCCACUGUUACAUGAUAGGAGCCCAACUGACAGCAAAUUGGAUGACCUGUAUCUCUCUGACCAGGAAGAUUGCCCCUUUCCACAAUCCUAUGUAGACAAUGGCCAUGGAAUACAGACUGUGGCCUUCCCUCAUCUCAAAUACUCCACCAACAUGGAACCCGAAAGGAAGCAGGCCAAGAUCAAUGGACGAGAGCGAAAAGCCAUGAGGGUUCUUCCAGUUGUAGUAGGGGCGUUUCUUUUCUGCUGGACCCCUUUCUUUGUGGUGCACAUCACACGGGCUCUCUGUGAGUCUUGUAAAAUACCGGAGCAGCUUAUCAGCAUCGUCACGUGGUUGGGCUACGUCAACAGUGCCCUGAACCCAGUGAUCUACACCAUAUUCAACACAGAGUUCAGGAAAUACUUUCGCAAAGUGCUUAGUGUUUGCUGUUGACCUACAGACGGUGAGUCCACGACUAAUACAGGUGUCCUCUGCUUCCAUCAAGACUAUCAGAACAAUUGUCCUACUUUACUGAACUUCAAGGAAGCCUUCUCUAUACUGCUUCUUUAAGGCAGGGAACCCCCCUAAAGGCUCUUGUUUUGGCAGAGGAGCUGAACUCAUUGGGACCCAGAAGAAUCACUUGCCCGAGUGCACUUGAUUGUUGUAAGGGGAAACCAUAUACUGAAGGGCCAAAAACUUGAAACUUAAAAAUUGACUGUCUUGGAUGAAUUCAUUAAACAAUGUCAGUGAAUAAGCCAAUAACUAGUAACUCUUCCAGGCACUAAU